CACUUCACCUACUUUGUCUCGCGUGAGAUUGAAAAACAAAGUUUAAAUAUAAGCUGGAUAACGACAACUCGCGCUGAAACUGAGCUAACGGCGGCGUGUUAUAGGUUAGAAGGUCUCAGAAUCGGGCGGGUGGGUGGUUGGAAGGUGUUAGUUUCGAAGGGGGGUAUGUUUACGGGGGUUAUGGAAGGAUAGGGUCCCCCACCCCUCCCACCUCACCAUCAGCUAGAAGUGAUCGUUUUCUUCUCCAUCAGUGCAAAGUAGUAAAAGUUUUGUGGAAACCAUCAGAGUGCCAGUCUGGUUGCCUCACGCCACUCUCAACGUUAACACUCAGUUUGCUGCUGCUGCUGCUCACACUCAACUCUGUCAUGAUGGAAGAAGAUGAAGAAAAGAUGCAAGUUAUCAGGAAAGCAUUCCAAAUGUUUGACACAACCAAAUGCGGCUACAUUGAGACAACAAAAAUCAGUAUAAUGUUGAACACCAUGGGACAGAUAUUCGAUGAAGAAGAAUUGAACGCUUUGAUCAGAGAAAAUGAUCCAGACAAAUCCGGUAGACUGAACUUUGAUGGAUUUUGCCGCAUUGCAACACAUUUCCUAGAAGAAGAUGAUGCUGAAGCUAUGCAAGAAGAAUUGAAAGAAGCCUUCAGAUUGUAUGACAAAGAAGGUAACGGUUACAUCACAACGGGAACGCUGAGGGAAAUCUUGGCCGCUCUGGAUGAUAAACUGAAUAAUGAUGAUUUAGAUGGUAUCAUUGCUGAGAUCGACACUGACGGAUCAGGCACAGUCGACUUUGAUGAAUUCAUGGAGAUGAUGACAGGAGAAUAAAUGACCUGAAACGCUAUGGAGGCAAUGCCAUAUCUAUCCCUUCCAAAAAAUCCUUCAUUAAUGCAAGAUAUAAUCUUCUUCUAUCUGAUCGAGUCUGAGGCUGGAAAACUUGUGAUUCUAGUCAUAAAAAGGUAUUUGAAUAUAAUUGGGGAAUAAGUGUACACACACUAAUGAAAUCCAGUACAUUGACAAGAUUAAAGUUUUGUCUAUGUGAAAAGUUAAUAGUUUUUUUUAAAACGUUUUUAUGUGACUGAUGCAAAUUUCAAAAUAAGUGAAAACUUCAACUGUUUAAUAUUGUAACAUUUUGAAUAAAACUGGAAAACUUUGA